UACAUACAGUAUCAGAAUAGAAAAAAAUGUCAAAUAUAUAUUAGUCUAAUUGUCAACGGCCAGACUUAUAGUAGUAGUAUUUUAAAGGUAAUCCUGACCCAAAGAGACCAUUAUACACCAUGGAAAUGGUUUUCCACUGGUUGUAUGGUAGAUGGAAUGGUAGUUCAAGGGAGCUCCACAUUCCAUUGAAGCUACAGAGUGUGGUGUUGAUCCCAUGGAGGGGAUAGGCCUUUAAUGUUUUACAAGGCACUAUAGACACUGUGUCUCGGGAACAUAGAGGUGAUAAUCUACAGGUCUUGUAAACAACGGCACCACUAUGCUCAGCGCUGGGUCAGCAGGGUCAGGAGAGGCCAGGGCGCCUGUGUGGCACUCGUGCCCCAGUUCAGUUUCAACCUUAAUCGUGCGUGGACGCCGUGACGGUUAAUCCAAAGCGAAUUUAGCUUUUUGGUUAUAAUUACUGAAUUCCGGAUUCCAAGGGGAAUCAUCAGCUCGCCUUUAGACGAGUAUAAACAAUUCCAAGGGGAAUUAUCAGCUUGUCAGGAGACGAGCAUAACCAACACUGUAUACAUAUUGAACCAUGUUGGGAGGGAUGUGCAUGCUGAUCCUGGGAGCCUGCCUGUGGAUGGUUUGUCAGGCGGAGAGCAAUCCACCUCUUCUUCGGCCGGGGUAGCCCUUAUUAGAAGAGAGGAGAAGGUUCUCACCGAGAAUAUCCACUGGAAGGUUGUGCAAUAUCAGGACCUAGGACCCAUUUCCGAGACUCUGGAACGGCUCAAGACGUCACUAGAAGUAAUAUCUACCGUCGUCAAGAGAGAAAACUCUUCAGCUCAUGGAGAAGCUAGAAUGCGUUUAGUCGGGCAUAGACUGGCGUUUAUGACCAAAGGUUUCAGAGAGGUUUUAACGGGAGUUAAAGAGAGCCAACAUUGUAAAAGUCGGGUGAAAAGAAGCCUAUUUGACGGGGUUGGAAGACUUCUUCAUUCGAUGUUUGGACUCUUAGAUGACCGUAGUGGGGCUGAGGUUAAACGUUUAGGAGCUCAAACGGUGGCUAUAAAACAUCAUUUAUCACAGCAGUUUACUGUGUUAAAGGAUAUGGCCAAUACACUUGACUUAACAACUAAGGAGGUUGCACGGCUCGACUCUCAUGUAAGGAAACUUUCACUUGAUUUGAAUAGGCAAAUUGGGGAGGUUAAUUGGGAGGUUCAGUGGAAUGAAAAAAUGGAUAAUUUGGAAGCCAUUAUCGGGUCACUUGAUAAGGAAGUUCAGCGGGCUUGUGAGGUCAUAUUAAUGGCAUUGACAGGUCACGUGUCUCCUCGGUUGUUAACUGAUGCGGUGGUAGAAGAGGUUCUACAGGCAUUAGGGAAUACGUUGGGAGCAUCUUUUGGAGAUGUAAUUAAGGAUUUUGCCAAAAUGGAAUUGGUUAGGUGUGGUUAUGAGUUAAUCUUCACCAUUACACUCCAUAUUCCCCAACCAGUCAAGUGGGAGUUGACAGAGGUACUAUCAACUCCAAUGCAAACAGAAAAAGGACUAGUUGCAUUAAAGGGUUUACCAAGUAACAUAGCUCAAACAGACUCUGAGGUUAUAGAGUUUAGCAAUGGAAUGCUAGAUGGGUGCAUGAAAUCAAAGGAAUUCAUUUUGUGUCCCAGAGCUUUAACAUCGCCGAUCAGUGUGACUGAAUCGUGUGUAUGUAUGUUAGAAAGACUUCCAGGGGGAAGCAAUGGUAUCCCUAAUGUAUGCAAGACAGAAUGGGUGAAAGGGUUCACGCCAAUCUUUAAGGUCUAUAAUGAUCUCGGUGAUCUACUUUAUUCUGUUAACAGGACUACACCAGCAUUGUUAAAAUGUUCAAGCGGUAGUAGACGUACCAUAGAGCUCAAAGGAACAGGGUAUUUGCAUUUUCCGGAGACUGUGCACUUGUUAUAA